UCUCCUCUGUCUAUAUAUAUAUCAAUGAUAUUCAACAAGCCCCUCGUCAAAUCUACAAUCACCAAUAAUUGGGUUUCAUCUUAUUAAACAAACAAACAAUAAACAAUGCCUCUUCCAUGGAAGAAGAGCAAAUUUUCUAGAAUUGUUGCCGAUCAUCUUCAUUCGGCCAAACAAGGCGGUUCUCUUGUCGUUGAAACCGGUUUCCCAACUUCCCUUGUCGAUCUUUUUGUCAAGAAUCGAGAUGGGCUCAAGAGAUCAUCUAAGAAGAAGAAGGAUCAUCGUAGGUCAGAUGUGGAACAGAUUGUUUGUGGUCCGAUCAACGGCGAAUCAUUCUCGCCGGUAUGUCAUGGUUAUACAUCUCCGGCGAGGAGCCUUAGUUCUCCGGAAUCAUUUUAUAAUGUUUUUACUCCGUCUCCUACAAUUUCUCCAAGCUCUUCCUUUUCUUCUUCCCCGGUGAUUUGGAGAACUCCUCCUCAUAGUUCAUUUUCUGGGUCGCCGAUUCGAGGAAUUGAAUUGUUUUCCGUUGGAGAUGAAAACGAAGUUGCGGAUGGAAAAGGGGUAAUCUUUGCGAUUUUGAAAGUGUUCUUCGUUGUGGCGUUGGCUUUAGGGACAAAGCAAUUCGUCGUCGGGUUAAUAAUUUCUGCAUUUUUACUCAUUUUCAUGGAAUUCAUCGGAAAACCAUGUCAACAGGCGCAAAUUUCUCUCAGAAAUUUCUUCGAACAGAUUAAGCGUAUUACGAGAAUCAAGAACGUUCAGACGGGAAGCGAGAACCAAAUUGAAGAACCCAGUUCGAAAGAAACUCGAAUAUCGAAACCCAGUAAUCAUUUAAAGCCACCCAGAGGAAAAGAUACGACGCGAACAAUAUCUAGCUCGCGUAGCUUUCAUUUGAAACCGGAAUCGGAUGAUCAAGAAUUUCCAAUCGGUGGGAAUUUGAUCCAUUGUAAGAGUCUCAAUUGGUUGUCUGAAGAAAUGGAUAACAGAGAAGACGCUACGCAGAUUAAGGAUAGCCACAAGAAGAAUCAACAUCGUAAUGGAAAGAUAAAAUCAAAGAUCAUUAGGCUGCUGUCAUUAAAGAAGAAGGAAGAAAUUGAAGACCCGAUUACCAAAAGUCGAAGCAGUAGAUUAAAGUCGAAAAUCAAGAAGAUUGUCGUCCCAACCUCGAAGAAGAAACAACAACAACAACAACAACAAACAAAUCCUGAUUUUCUAAGAAUCGAGGAGCCAAUUGUUUGUUACAGUGAAGAACAAUCUUGUACAUCUCCGAGCAGAAGCGACGAUGUCAGAGAAGACACUGCUUCUGUUUCGACGGAGAGACCGCCGGAAGAAAGAAGAGUUGAUUGCGUCGGGAAGAGAAGCUUCUGCUUUGUUUUGUUACCGAUCAUUCUUGUCGGAUUGAUGUGUGGUCGGUUUUGGGCUAUAGCGUUCACGUUGGUUUGGUGCUUGAUUUGGAAAUUUACAUGUGGGAUGUUAUGGAAAGCUUAAGUUCUUCUUCCAUUCUAGGUAGAUAGGGAAAUUAAGUAUGUAAUUGACAUGGGGGAAAUGAUAAAGUUUCAACCUUUGGUUGCAAAUCUUUUGAUGAUUUUGUAAAUUAUUAACAUAUAUGAUCAUUGAUUUACAGAACCCAAGUUUAGGAUUGCAUUUUUCUGGUUUGAUGUUUUUCUUUGUAGAAUUCUCACCAGAAAGUUUG